AUGAGGAGCCGAUUCCAGUUGCCCCUUGCUGGCACCGGCAGUGGGACGUCGUGGAGCACAGGGCACUCGCUGAGCACGUCGCAGAAGAAGAUGCCACGCCAGAGGUCCACCCAGGCGACUGUGCCACCCUCACCGCCGAUUGCGAUGGUCUUCUCAGUCUCAUGGUACAGCCUGUCUUCGGUAGUAUUAGGUAAAGGGAUUGCCUGUCCCUCACGAGAUCAUUCACAGACAUCACCUUGGAGAUCCACCCCUGAGGAAUUGGAGUUGUACAGGUGGAGGUCGAAAUCCCACCCAAUGAGCACGCGGCGGCCAUGGAACACGGGGGCCGGCCCUAACACGGAGGGCGGCGAUGGCAUACCAGCUGGCGCCGUCUUCGUCUUCGCGGCUAAGAAGUACAGUUGCAGAGUCGACGGGGACGCAAAGGAGGACGAGAUCGGCGUCGGUGGUGAUGACCUUGGGAGUUGCGUUGGGGAAGUCGAGGCCGGGGCAGUGGACGCAGAAGUGGGAGACAAGUGGCGGGCGCGCGGCGCGGAAGGUCACCUGGAUGCGCGAGCCGGUGCUCGUGGUACCCUCAGCGGUGAUGGCGUUGACGAGGUUGGCGAUGUAGCACCACCUGUCGAGGAGGACCAAGCCUGA